AUGGCUAAAAAAGAAGAUUUAGUGGAUUACCUGAUACAACACGAUGUGUUGCCAUCGGAAAUUAAUUGUGAGCAGCGUGGUGAAAAAUUAAUCAUCAACAAAGAGACAUUGCUGUUUCGAUGUCGAAAAACGGUUCCCAUAGCAUCGUCACAAAAAAAGAAACGUGUCUCCAAACAAUGCGAUUACAAAAAAAGUGCCAAAGUAGGCACUUGGUUUGGAAAUAGCAAUUUGGAACUCGCUACAAUCUGCAAAAUUAUAGCGAGUUUCCUUAUGCUACGCCCUCCUCGACAGGAAGACCUCGAAGAAGAACUUGGGAUUUCUUCCAGCACGGUUGUCGACUGGUUCAGUUUUUGCCGUGAGGUCUGUGCAUACUGGUCCGAUAAGUGUAGUGCAAAACUUGGAGGUCCAGGACGCACUGUUGAAAUCGACGAGGCAAAAAUUGGCCAUCGGAAAUACAACCGUGGUCGUCUCUUGAAAGGCAAUUGGAUAUUUGGAGGAUUCGAGCGAGAGUCGAAAAAGAUAUUCAUUGUGCCAGUAGAAGAUCGAACGGAGGAAACGCUUCUGGCAUGCAUUAAGGAGUGGAUCAUGCCAGGAACGACAAUUGUUUCAGAUUGUUGGAAGUCCUAUAAUUGUCUUAACAGUGAGGGCUUCCAACAUCUGACAGUCAAUCAUACGUACAACUUCGUCGAUCCAGAUACUGGCGCCCAUACUCAGCACAUUGAGCGUGUUUGGAGAGAAGUUCGAGCAAAUAUCCCAAAGUAUGGAACUCGAUCGUACCAUGUCGAGGGAUAUUUAUUCAAAUUUCUAUUUAAACACGCUCAUCCUAGGGCUGAAAGGCUAGACAACUUUUUUGGCGUCAUCGCUCAGAUGUAUCCUCCAUUGUCCACUGUCGAGGCCGAGCAAUCCCAAUAA